AUGGACCAGGUGCUCAUCGCCAGCGACGCCAUCGGCAUGGGCCUCAACUUCAACAUCCGCCGCGUCGUCUUCAGCACCAUGGUCAAGACCAUAGGCAACACGCGCGGCCCCGUGCCCCCCAGCCUCAUCAAGCAGAUCGCAGGCCGCGCGGGGCGCCGCAACAGUGCCUACCCCGAGGGCUACGCCACCACCAUCGCCGCCUCCGACCUGCCCUUCCUGCAAGAGGCCCUCGCAAUCCCGGCGGACGCGAUGAACACGCCCGCCGCAGGCCUCGCCCCCGAAUUUGAGAUGAUCGAGAUGCUGGCCGGGCAGCUGGGGGACCAGUCCAUCGAGCAGCUGCUCAAGAGCUUCGAGACACAGGCCAAGCUGGACGGCACCUACUUCUUCUGCAACCAGGAGUCGCUCACGCAGAUAGCCAAGCUCAUCCAGGGGGUGCCCAACCUGUCGCUGCAGGACCGCUUCACCUUCCUCAUGGCUCCCGUUUCGUCGCGCGACGAACUCGUCAAGGCCGCAGUGCAGGAGUUUGCGCACUGGUAUGCGGCGGGCUCCCCGGUGGUCAUUGACCCGAACCGCAUGCCCAAGGCCCCUCCCAAGAAUGAGGAGGAGAUGGCCUUCAUGGAGGCACUCCACAGGGUAAACUAA